AAUAAGUUAAAGCCGAGGAGGGGCGUUAUGUCAGCUUUACACUGGGAAGCAAGAAGAAAACAAGCCGUUUUUGACCGAAAGUCAGAGCAGCAGCGAAAACAACAAGCAUCAAAAGCAGCAACACUGGAUCUAUACAAUAAUGACAGAAUAAAGGAAGUAGCAAAUAAAAUGUCGGUGGAUCCAGCAACACCAACGUCAUCAUUACUGCACAGAUCCCAAGCACAGUUAAUCAAAUCACGAAAUUAUGAACAAGAGAACACACGUCAUCAUGAAGAUAAAGCAUCUGGCCCCAACGCGGAGCUAACGACCAAGUAUAGCGCAAAAUUAAAAAACCGUUACACGUCUAUUAACUACAUUCAGCAAUACUAAAUGAUACCGUUAUACUAAAAUAAAUGAAUGAAUUGUAGCUGAAUUUAAACAGUUGCUUUAAUUCCUCUUAAUGUAAUUUGAAUUAAUUUAAGCCUUACAAACAGUCAGGUUUAAAUUUAUUCUAAUGACGAUAUGAAAAUAAGUGCACAGAGUAUUAAAAGAGGUUGCGAUAAUAUUGUAGUUGCAAAUACAAUUUUAUACAUAAUU